AAGUUGUUCAUCAGACGGGUAGGAUCAUCUAAUACAUGUGUAUAUUUUAAUUAUUUACCAUCUAUAGUUGCGCUCCACUUAGAUGGAAGGUCCUGAUCCAUACAUCUAUCCUGCCAUGCGUACUACGGAGAGAUGGCUCUAUCAUACUCUGAUUUUUAACCAGGACAGAUAUGUGGUGAGGUCCAUAGGAAUAAUGGCUCUAACUUCACACACAUGUGCAGCAUUGACACGUGUGGAGGCAUUUCACCCCUUAAGCGAGUCCGACUCGGAUUCGCGCCAGUACCGUUCGCAGUUCUCGUUAUCAGUACUACCUCCAUCCUACCCUCCUUUUCCCGCCCGUUUCUCCGCGGGAGUCGUUUCAUCUUCUCCCAUGGAAAUCGACGAAGAAAAAGGAGACUCCCCAGAUCUCCUCCCAUCAGUCCCGAAUCCCGGCGCAGAAGCUAGCUUCAUCCCCAAGCUGGAGCCUCCGGCGAUCCGUCGCCUCGAUGCCUCCGUCGUGAACCGGAUCGCCGCCGGAGAGGUCAUACAGCGUCCCGUAUCUGCCGUUAAAGAGCUCGUGGAGAACAGCCUCGAUGCGGGGUCCACCUCGAUCAACGUUGUCGUCAAGGACGGAGGGCUGAAGCUGAUCCAGGUCUCCGACAACGGACACGGCAUCAGAUUUGAAGACUUGCCAAUACUUUGUGAAAGGCACACUACAUCAAAGUUAUCGACAUUCGAAGACCUGCAGACGAUACAAUCGAUGGGUUUUAGAGGAGAGGCCUUGGCGAGCAUGACGUAUGUUGGUCAUGUCAGUGUGACGACAAUUACCGAAGGCCAAUUGCAUGGUUACAGGGUUUCAUAUAGAGAUGGAGUGAUGGAGCAUGAACCUAAGCCAUGUGCGGCAGUCAAAGGAACCCAGAUAAUGAUUGAGAAUCUUUUCUAUAAUAUGAUUGCUCGGAGGAAGACGCUGCAGAAUUCUAAUGAUGACUAUUCAAAGAUAGUUGACUUGAUUUGUCGGUUUGCAAUUCACCAUGUAAACGUGAGCUUCUCUUGCAGAAAGCAUGGUGCAAAUAGAGCAGAUGUUCACACUGUCAGUACAUGUUCAAGGCUAGAUGCAAUCAGAUCUGUUUAUGGUGCUUCUGUUGCUCGUGAUCUAAUGGAAAUAGAAGCUGCAGAUAAUGAUCCUUCUCGCUCAGUCUUUAAUAUGGAUGGUUUUAUAUCUAAUGCCAACUAUGUUGCGAAGAAAACGACAAUGGUUCUUUUUAUCAAUGGGAGGUUGGUUGAGUGCACUGUUCUGAAGAGAGCUAUCGAAGUUGUUUAUGCCGCAACUUUACCAAAAGCAUCAAAGCCCUUCAUUUAUAUGUCCAUUGUACUCCCACCAGAGCAUGUUGAUGUGAAUGUCCACCCAACAAAGAGGGAGGUAAGCCUUUUGAAUCAGGAGAGUAUCAUUGACAACAUACAGAGUGAAGUUGAAUCCAAGAUAACGAACUGUAAUACAACAAGGACAUUCCACACUCAGAAUGUAUAUCCCUCUACUCCUGGUCUUCUUAGUGGAAGCAAGGACACCCAACUCAAUCCCUCACCACCUGGAACAAAAUCUCAGAAAGUCCCAGUUAAUAAAAUGGUUAGAACGGAUUCACAGGAUCCUUUUGGAAGACUGCAUGCAUACUUGCCAGAAAAGCCUUCAGGACCACUUGGAAAGAGUGCUGACUUGGCUGCUGUGCGGUCUGCUGUGAGACAACGAAGGAACCCAAAAGAGACUGCAGAUCUAACUAGUGUUCAGGACCUCCUUAAUGAUAUUGAUCGUAAUACUCAUUCUGGUAUGCUGGAAAUUGUGAAACACUGUACAUAUAUUGGAAUGGCAGACGAUGUUUUUGCCUUGCUUCAACACAAUACCCAUUUAUACCUGGUCAAUAUAGUCAACUUGAGCAAAGAACUAAUGUAUCAGCAAGUGCUACGUCGAUUUGCCCAUUUCAAUGCUAUACAACUUAGUGAUCCAGCCCCCUUACUGGAGUUGAUCAUGAUGGGACUGAAAGCAGAAGAUUUGGAAUCAGAGUGUCAUGAGAAUGAUGAUCUGAAUGAAAAGAUUGCAGAAAUGAACACUGAACUUCUCUCGCAAAAAGCUGAAAUGCUACAGGAAUACUUUUGCAUUCAUAUAGAUCAACAAGGGAAUUUGUCUAAGCUUCCUGUCAUACUCGACCAGUACACACCUGACAUGGACCAUGUUCCAGAAUUCGUGUUAAGUUUGGGUAAUGAUGUUGACUGGGAGGAUGAAAAAGAAUGUUUUCGAGCAAUUUCAGCUGCUCUUGGAAACUUUUAUGCGAUGAAUCCUCCUCUCUUACCCAAUCCGUCGGGGGAUGGGUUGCAGUUCUACAAGAAGAACCAAAAACAGUUUCAGGGUGUUGAAGAUGAAGGAAAUGAUCCCAAUAAUUUGGGGGAAGGUGUCAAUGCAGAGGAUGACUUUGACCAUGAAUUACUUUCAGAGGCAGAGACGGCGUGGGCUCAACGUGAAUGGACCAUUCAACACGUCUUGUUCCCAUCGAUGAGACUAUUUCUCAAGCCGCCGAACACAAUGGCUACAAAUGGAACUUUUGUGCAGGUUGCUUCCUUGGAGAAGCUUUACAGGAUUUUUGAAAGAUGUUAAGAGAACCACAUCCGAGCCACCACCACCUCAAGGGAAAUCGUACUGAAAUGCCCCUACAUUCAAAAGCUCUGACAGAAACUGCCCCAUAUUGGCAUUUGAUUGACUGCAACACUGGCGUGGAUGAAGAAAAUGUGCCAAAUCUGUGGAGUUGAUUCACUUCAAAUGGGGAAAUGGAUGGGCAUUUUGGUCAGAGUCAGAAAAUCAAGGUGGUCUACCAUACCCCAAGGUAUCCUAACAUGAAGGUAAUUUACCAAGGUACAGAGCAAUGGUACUUUCUCUAAUAGGGCUACUUGGGGGAUCAUUUUGUAGAGAAAUCAGCAACCAGUUAGCACAUGAGGAACCUGUAUAUUGCCUAAACUACCCCUCUCACUUCCUAUUUGCAAGAAUCACAAACAAUAAAAAAAGCUUUGGCUCUUCGUUGUUAUAAGAGCAUUUUUAUACUUUGCUAGACCUACAGGUCCCCCACACGGGUACAAGGCAGCUCAUGUACAUGCGUCCAUGUGCUCCAACAUGGCACUUGGGUGUGUGAUGGGUCCAUUGUGUAGUUUUGCUGUCCGAGGAAUCAGGAUAGUCCACUCAACAAUCAACUGGGCUACAUGUUUGAACAGGCAAACAGCAUAGGAAAAGUUUUCCAAGUCUCA